UGUUCUCCCAGCUGGACAAAAAACACCUCCAACUCCCAACUUCUAUGCAAAAGCCUGCAAUUAAGCGGACAAAGACGUCGUAUUAAAUCAGAUUGUGUGUAUAUAUAUAUAUAUAUAUAAAUAUAGUAUUUUUCGCGUAAUAAACUCAGGAGACUCCGAGCAGGUUUUCUGUUAUGAGGCGACGAUGAGUAGCGCAGAAGACAGCGGGACCAAGUGCUCGUCCGGGCCCAUUUCCAGCUUCACCAUCCAGUCCAUUCUCGGCACGCCGGCGGAAGCGACGCGCACCGGGAGCAAAGCUGCAGCAUCGGGGCCCCCUCCGCGGAGGAGGACGCUGUCUGUAUCCUCGGAGGAGGACUGCAGCGGCGGGGAGGAUUCGGCGGACUGCUUCUCCUGCUCGGAGCCCGGCCACGGCGAGGAGGCAUGCGGGCGGCACCGAGAACACAAUUUCUCCUGUUUGGGUGCAGCAACGGAGGGGCUGACAAGGAGGCAGCACCUCCCCCAGCCUCUCCUCCAGGACUACAAGGAGGAGCAGGAGCGAGCCUGCGCGUCACCCAUGUCCGAGGAAAGACAAGCGGACGGCGGCCAGGACAAGCAGCUCCAAGGCGGCUCCGCUAAGAAAAAGACCCGCACCGUGUUCUCCCGGAGCCAGGUCUACCAACUGGAGUCCACCUUCGACAUGAAACGCUACCUGAGCAGCUCGGAGCGGGCCUGCUUGGCCUCCAGCCUGCAGCUGACCGAGACCCAGGUCAAGACGUGGUUUCAGAACCGCAGGAACAAAUGGAAGCGGCAGCUCUCCGCGGAGCUGGAGGCGGCCAAUAUGGCGCACGCCUCGGCGCAGACACUGGUGGGCAUGCCGCUGGUUUUUCGGGAGAACUCCUUGCUGCGGGUGCCGGUUCCUCGCUCCAUCGCCUUCCCGACGCCCCUCUACUACCCCGGGAGCAACCUGCCGGCUCUGCCUUUGUACAACCUGUACAAUAAGGUCGAGUACUGAAGUACUCCUUAUUCCUGUCCUCGUAUUAAUUAUAUACUGUACAUAUUUGCUGGGGGGGAGUAUUAAUACUCACUCAGCAAUGACGCUUCCCUCUAUGUAUUAAAUACACCAUGUGUAUUAUUAAUUAUAAUAAUUUUAUACUUUUUAUUUGGGAUUUUA